AUGGGAGCUUCAACAACAUCCCCUGCGAGUCCAAUGGGCGGCCGCCGUCCCUCCCAUCCCAUGUACGUUAUGGGUCCUUUUGACAUCAUCGAGAUUGGAAACCAUGUUAUUGCUCCCGGAGCUUCCUAUGGGCAGUUGAACUACUUAACAUCUAUUGUCUACAACAAUCCGGAUGCGCAGGGUGGGCAAGAGAAUGUCAUCGUUGACUUAUCAGGCUACGGGUCUCGAUCCACAAGCCUGGCCCAAGACCGAGUUUAUCAACUCGCCGGUCGGUUCGUGGGGCCAAACAAUGGGGGAGACCCAAUAAUCUUCUACGAACAGGCUCUCACCCUUCAUAUUGGUGAGAGCUCCGCAUUCUUGAAUAGCCAGUCAAUCUCGCUUUUGGCGGGCAAGGUGGCUGUAUUUGGCUUUGGGGUGGUGAGCCAACGUGAGGAGGUGAAGGCGGUGGAAAUUAACAAUGCACCCCAAACAAACUUGCAUGUCACCUUGAGACACACCAAUUACCACGUCAUUAAACGCGAGAGGGUAGAGUUCGAGACCACCUAUGUUGUCCCUGGCAACGCUAUAUUGCGCAACACCUUUGGUCUGUUGCAAAUCGGUCGGGAGGCCCUGAUUGUUGGGUACAUGGGGGGUUUUGACCCCCAGAAACAUACCUGGGUAGUCGAUGCGCUGCUUAUAUCGAUGUCGUCAGGGCCGCAAACCCGUGUGAACGGAUCUCCUGCCAAUGCGGUUGGGCAACUUGACACCCGCCGACCUCAUUUGUAA